UUUUAGCCCGCCGCGUGGGACAAAUUCGAUUUUAGGUGCCACCAUGCAAGCACCGCCCGGCGGCCCACCGCCACCACCGCCGUGGUUCUCUGCUGCUGCGCGAUCGGGCCCCUAUGCUCCGCCGCCGCGCGCCUAUGGCCCUCCACCGCCACGCGCCUACCGCCCGUUGCCGCGUGCGUACGCGACUCCGCGCUUCGUGGAUCCGGACAGCGUCUGGGUCCAGCAGUUUGAGGCACGGCAGGUGCGGACACCGCCCGCACCACCCACGACCGUGCAGGCCGUGCGCGAAAAGCUCGCGUGGGGCCUCCAGACCGUGCGCGAAUGCAAGCUCCUCCAGCACGAUCUCGCGCACCUGGCCGCGACAUGGCCUCACGACGACGAGCGCGCCAUGACGCGGACCAAGCUGCAAUGGGACCGGCGCUGUGCGACGCUCAACAGCCACAUGGAGAAGCUGCGAGCCUUUCAAACCUCGUUUUUCGACGACAGCGAUGCGCAUGCGACGCUCCGCCGCCUCGUCCAACGCGUGGCCAAGAAGACGAGGUAUCGCAAAGCAUUGCGCCAGCGACGAAAGGCCGAAGCCAUCAUUGCUAAAGGGCUCCAACUUGCACAGGUGGACGAUCUUGCGUCGACAACCGAGUCGACGAUGGCAACGACGCCAGCAAUGACGAAUGAGGAUCCAGUGCCACAACCCUCCAACCGGCAGCAAAUGAAGCGCGAGGCUUUGAGCAAGCGGCUGCGUCUUCUCCUCGAGCUCAAGAAGCAGCGGUCUGUCCAACUGACGGCCGACGAUAUAGCCGCGCAAACCGAGGCCAGUGCGGUCCUGGCGGCACGAGACGCGCUAAUGGCGGCGCGGAAGCGCCCGCCGCCGCCACCACUUGCUUUGGACGAGCAGCAGAGUCCAGUGGCGCCAAAGAAAAUGGCGUUUCCCCUGCGUGAGGCCAAGAUGACCAUGGAAAGCCUCGUUGCUGUUCGGUUCGCAUGGGACGCCUUCUUGGUCUACGACGGCACGGGCACGCGCAUUCCGCCGUGCAUGGUCGACCCACCUGCCGAGCCCUCGGAAGGAUGGCAGCCCUACUACCACCAAGAGUCCACGGCGACGUCACUGUGAUAAAGGACAUGCUCGGCUAACAUGAUACAUGAUCGAUUGACCAUCCCGAAUGUAAAUCAAGUCAUGUUCGCGUACCA